AUGCAGAACAUGCAGGGACAAGGAAUGCUCCUGAGCAACUUGCAACUUGGAUCCCAGAACUCGCAGUGGCAGCAGAGCAACUUGCAGCAGGCACAACAAAGUCAGCCGACUGGCUUUCCGGGCAUGAUGCAGGCCGGACCUUGCCCACAGACCAUCCUCACACCAGUCCAGGGAGCGGUCCAACUGAUCGGUAUGCCGACUGCGAUGCAAGCGAUGCCGAGUAUGCAAAUGUGUGUGCCAGUGAACUGCCAGAAUGUGCCGAACGUCCCGAACAUGAUAGUGGGGAACCAGGAGUGGAAUCAGUGGCAGCAGCAUGUGGAUCAAGCACCACCCGCCGGCGGUUGCGUCACCACAGUGAAAAACACGUUCCUUCACGCGGAGGAGCAGCAGGCCGCCAUGGCCCGCCGCCGUGAAUCGUCGGAACCUCCGCGCCCACGCUCCAUGGAGGGCUUCGAGGACUCCGACGACGAGCUGGGCAACUACCACAUGGAGGGCCACGACGUGCGCCAGUUCUCUGAGCCACCGCACACCAACGGGCAGUACCUGGUGAUCCCGAGCCAGAAUUCUUUAAAGUCCGCUGGCCGGGCACAGAUGGCGAAUGUGUCCAUCUCAAUGGAGCAGCAGCUGCAGCAGAUGAAUGGCAAGCACCAGGCGGAGCAGCAGCAGUUGCUGGCCCACCAGCAGAUGGAGCAGCAGAAGUUCCUCCAGCAGUACCAGCAGCAAAGGCAGAUCGAGACCAUGCACGAGGAGCUACAGGGCGACAACACGGACGAUGAGGAUUGCAUCGGUCAGUACCCUCUCCUGCCUCGGCCCGCGACGACUUCAGACGGGUCCAUGCACUGGAUGAGCCUUGGCUGGGUUUGA